AUGAUGUGAAGAGCAGCGAAUGGGAGAGUAGGCUGCAACUCGACGGGCCGAGGGAGUGAGCGACUGAACCGGGGACACGGAACUGCGGCCAGGCCGAGCCCGGGACCGUCCCGAUCCUCCCCGGGAAGGUGGGCGCAGACUUUGGGGGAGCUCGGAGCCGAGAGGUGUGGGUGCAAACCAGCCAGCGGAGGUGUAAGGGCCAACCUCGCCUUGCACCCGGAGGCUUAUUCAGUCGCUCGCUUCUUUAAUAUCAUUCUCACUUGAUCCAACACGCCGGGAUCAAGCGGUUAAGGGAAACUUUCCCAUGCAACACUAAUUUGGUUGAGAGACAUCUUAAAGCGUCAGGUUUAAAAACAAAGCACGAUGCCGUUUGUGGGUGAUGAGUUAUACAAGUACAUAAAGGAGAGAAUGCCAAGUUUCCUCCUGGUAAAUGUAACAGAAUUGUUACCACAUCUGUCCUGCCUUACUCAGAUGGAUCAGGAACGAGUAAGAGCACAAGUCAGAAUGGAAGGCAAUGAGUCCGCUGUCCCCAUGUUGCUGGAUUCUGUGAGACGAAGACGGAACUGGGAAAGGCAGCUGAUAAAUGCACUGCGCAGAAAUGAGUAUCACGACCUUGCAGAUGGUUUGGAAAAUAAACUUGGAUCUCUAGCUCCACGGAGGCAGUCACCACCUGGAGGUACAUCUGCACCUUUUCCUAAACACACUACUGCUGAUGACUCUCCAGCGACACACUUUGUUUCUCCUCCCAGAUCUCAGUUCUCUGUUCCACUCCCAGAUCACUCUCCGCACACAGUGGUCGUCAGUGACAAUCGGCUGUCCUCUUCUGUCAUCGUUCCACCGGCAGUCUACCUUCAGCCCAAUGUCACUGAGCUACAGCCCACUGUGCAUAAUCAGCAGUCGGCAUCUGGCACACCUUCACCAAGUGCACCAGUACCACAUUCUGUGCCUGGCACUCCCAUACCUAACAUACCUGCAGCCCAGUCCACUCCUGUGCCACAGUCUGUGCCCGGCACUCCCAUACUUAACACACCAGUGCAGUCCACAGCAGUGCCACAGUCUGUGCCUGGCAUACAGACACCGAACACACCAGCACAGUGCACUCCCGUGCCACACACCACGCCUGGCACAGCCAUCCCUAGCACACCUGUGGCGCAAUCCACACCCAGCACCACAGCACCAGGCACACACAUGCCACAUCAAUCUGAUUUACCAGCUGCCGUUUCAAACACUUCUGGUGAAUCUUCCUCUGCACCUCUGCUCCUUUCUGAUUCAUCCUUUCAAGAUAAUUCCACCGAGUGUAAAUUACCAGUUCAAGAAAUGGGAAACCCGUUGGACAAGGAGGAAAGCAAAGAUCACAGGCUGCCCAUACAGGAGAAGACGGCGCUUUCUGAUCUAUCAAAAUCAAGUGAUUUUCCCCAGGGUCAACAGAAUCAGACCAAACAUUCAAAUCAAGGUAACACUGGUGAAAAGUGCAAUGUACGCAGUACUAACCAAGCUAAAGGAGGAAUAAUAUCUGAUGAAGCCAUUGUCAUCGCCCCUCCACCAACAAUCCAAGUGCACCCACCCAGACCAUCACGAGAGACGAGUCUGCCAGUUAUUGAUAAACCUGGAGUAUUGAUGAGUAAUGUUGGGAAUAAUGAAUUAGCAACUGAGUCUACCUGUGACCUCCCUGAAGGUGGUUGUUCAAUAUCAAGUAGAGAUUUACAGUUCAGUGAAAACACAACAAGCAACACAGGAAACAAUGGUUCGGGCAGCUCUGCACCACUCAACCAUCGUCCUGUACCCAAACAUGUUUCAGAUGACUUCAGUGAUGAAAACUCCAUCAAGGAACAAAAGAUUCAGGCACUGCGAGGUUACCAGAAUGAUCGACUGCAAGAACCUUUUUAUGAUGUUAACAAUCCCUUGAAUAUACAGAUGAAUUUUGAUGCUCUGAAAAAAAUAACUGCCUUGGAUGAAGGUGCAGGCCUUGAUCAAGAAGACAUUUUGAACCAGAAUUAUAACAUUCAGUUCCCUUGUAAGAAUAAGCCUAAUCCAAUAAGUAGCACUGAAGUUAUACAAAGUCUUGUCCUUACAAGCUCACACCCUGUUGAUAGUGAGGCUAACUCUGAACUUGAGUUCGAGAAGAAUGUGCAACUCAGUAACAGCAGUGUUUCAAUUUCCAGUGGUGAGCUAAUGAUAGAUUCUGGAUCCAGUGAUGGCUCUAUUGGAAACAGUUCUGCUGUAACCGACAACGAGGCAAGUGUUUGUGCCAAACAAGACUCCCUCGACGCAAGCCUGAUGAAGAAUAAUCGAGAGUUCCUGAACCCUGGUGUGCAAGUCCCAGCGUGGACUGGUGAUGCAAAUGUACUAACACAGAAUCAAACUCUUGAGCAUGAAUACAAAGCAGAAUACAUGGGAGACGUCGGUUGUAAUCCCACACAUCCAGAUAGAUUUACAGAGGUAGGAUCAGGUAAAAUGUCACGCCAAAAAGUUUCAGAGGGAGGAGAUUCAUUCCGUACACGUCAUGAAGUGAGCCAUGACAAGCAUUACUUUAACGCUAAAGAAAACCAGACUCAUCUGUCCAAUGAAGAUGUUCGGAAGUACAGUGGACACAUUUAUCAGGAACCUGAUUAUGAAAAUGAAGCAGGCAAUGACUGUGAAUUUGAAGCAGGGAACUUGGGAGAUGUUAGUGGGUGUUAUUUGGAAGAAGGAGCAAUUGAUGCUUUGUCCAACAAAUAUGUUCCUUUACCCUCUCAGCAAAGGUCACAAACCAAGCUGCCAGAAGAGCCAACUGGGGAUAUAAGGCAGCCAGAUUAUAUACUUCUUUCCAAAAUAGUUUUGGUUUUCACGAUUGUUGCUGGGUUUGCAUGGAAAUACUAUCGUAAGUAAUGCUUGAAAGAUUCCUUGAAAAUCAUGCUGAGUUUAAAAUAAGAUUUCAACUUAAGUAGUGAAAAUAAAUUGCUUUCCGCUCUGCUGAAAUGCACUUGGGCGUAUUUUGUAGCUCAUUGCAUUUUCACUGCAAAACUGCAGUUGGAACUCUUUCAAGAUAUCUGAAUUUGAUUGACAACAAAAUAGUUAAGCAAAUGCCUGUGCUGUGUUUUACAGUCAGCUCUUCAUGAGAGUAAAGGCUGCACUAUUUACAACAGCAAAAAAGUCUUACCCUAUUAGAUACUAACAUUCAAAGUGGUAUGCUUUCUUGCUCCAAAUCUCAUUUAAAUUGCUUGAAUCCAUGAAGUUAUGCUGAAGGUUUUUGUGGUAAUCACAGUUCUUUACACCAUAACUUGGAUGCUGAAGGUCUGCUCUAUGGUUCUUCCCCCCUCUGAAUCCAGCUUGUUUUUCUGCCAGCACAGUUACUCCUCUAAGCUUGAGCUGACUGGCUGGUAAUUUGAGCAUUACCUAUCGGACUGAGUGCAAUAGAUCAGGUGUAGGUAAAGGUGCUGUUUUGAAUGAUAACUGUCUUCCCCUAGGUUGGCCACAUUUUUUCCCCUCCUACAUUGCUGCAAAUAAAAGCACUCAAUGAAUUAUUCAAGAAACUGAAGUAAAGAGUUUCAUGACUUCAGGACACCCUUUAGCACUUUACAGCCAAUGAGUUACUUCCAAGUCUGGUUGUUGUUGCAUUGUAGGACAACUGGCUCUGAAGAAGUGCAUAGAACAGUACAGCACAGGAACAGGCCCUUUGGCCCGCAAUGUCCAUGUCGACUAUGAUGCCAAUUUAGACUAUUCCCUCCACAUGGUCUAUAUCUCUCCAUUACCUGAACAAGAGCCUCAACCUGCAGCACUCCUUCCUAUGUGAUGCCCUUUUGCACAGCUGCAGGUCAUCCAGUUUUCACCCCAGCAAAAGGCCUUUUUUUAAAGCUUGCCUUUAAUACUGUAUUCAUAGUACUGUAUCUUCAAGCAAAUGAAUAUUAGGCACGUGCUCCAUUACCUCCUGCAGAAGUUGAAAGAUAAGAUACUUAUUUAUUUAUCAUAUGUACAUCGAAACACCCAGUGAAAUGCAUCUUUUGCAUUGAGUGUUCUAAGGGCAGCCCGCAUGUGUCACCAUACCUCCAAUGCCAACCUAGCAUGCCCACAACUUCCUAACCCGUAUGUCUUUGGAAUGUGGGAGGAAGCCCACGCAGACACAGGGAGAACGUACAAACUCCUUACAGACAGCGGCGGGAAUUAAACCCGGGUCGCUGGCGCUGUGAUAGUGUUAUGCUAACCGCUACACUACCAUGCUUUCAUGUGUCUUUUAUUACUGCAAUUAGAACAAAUGUGGACCCCCAGUGUGCUUGACUAUAUGGAGGGGGAUCACAAUACUCAGAUCUUCCUUCCCCAGAAAGUGCUACUUGAAGGGCAGAUGAAAGUGACUGAAACUUCAUGUCUCCCCUCUUGAUCAUCAGAGAUAGAAAGGAGCAGGUACUAAUAUCUGGCGCUGGCACAAAUUUGGUGGAUUGGAUGGACUGCGUGUUGUACACGGUGCCUGGAAUUUAUUUCCAUUUACUGCAAUGGAGCUGCAGUUCGAGAGCUGCCUACAAUAGGCACUUAUCCAAACCACCCACUUUACACUAGACAAAUUUAUAGCUCUAUACUCUCAAGUGAGCUAGGAAGGUGAAAUAUCAGGAUAAUCUUUACCCCAGUUUAUACAUUACCUCAGAAAGUAGGAAUCUGAUCAUCAAUAUUUUAUAAUGAUUUACAAAGGGAGUGACAUUAUUCUGUCUUACGUUGGAUUGGGGGCUGGUGGUGCAAGAGUGAAUUUCAUAAUCUGGAAAGUACAUUCACAAGCUGUGCUUCAACCUUUAAUUAAAGGAUUAAGUAUUUCAAUCUAAUGUGAAAUGCAGAACUGUUUAAACCGUAGCUUCUUCUGUAAUGUGCUACAAUCUGUGGUGGUCUGAGUCUCUACCUCAUUGGAGAAUGAUGCUCUUCUAUCUCGUCUUCAGCCCUUGUGGCUACUGUUGGUAAGGAACUAAAAUAAAAAACUUUUUUGAAAGAGAUUAAAUUUAACAACUCUCUUUAGCAAUCCAGUUUAAAGUAGUUUGAUGAGAAACAAUUCAGAUUUUUCUUUUGCAAUUCGGCUUUCUUCCAGCUUCUUUGAAAAACAAUGAUUUCGUCCAGUGCAGUAAAUCCAUGAAUCCUGGUCAUGAUAUAAGGAUUCAUGGUUUUGUAAUUACCUGGGAAGAUGCUACAGAACUGACAUAAUUUUAAAUACUUCUUUGUUAAAGUAGCAGUAACCGUUAACAUUCAAUCAGAUGCACAUAGGACCUUGUGGUGCAUCGGUAGCGUGUCUGACUCCAGAUCAGAAUACUACAUGUUCAAAUCACUUUGGGGUCAAACUCUUAGGUGGGUGGCACAGUAGUGUAGCGGUUAGUAUAAACGCUAUUACAGCCCCCGCGACCCAGGUUCAAUUCCCGCUGCUGUCUGUAAUGAGUUUGUAUGUUCUCCCCAUGUGUCUGCAUGGGUUUCCUCUGAGUGCUCCGGUUUCCUCCCACAUUCCAAAGAUGUACAGGUUAGGAAGUUGUGGGCAUGCUAUGUUGGCACCGGAAGAGUGGUGACACUUGCAGGCUGCCCCCAGAACACUCUCAGUAACGCAAAAAUGCACAUUUCACUGUGUGUUUCGAUGUACAUGUGACUAAUAAAUAAAUAUCUAUCUUAUGUUUUUUAUAUCAAAACAUAAAGCCAGACUCAAAGCUGUAUGGUCAUUAAAUUGGCAAAAACAUGAGCGAUUGUUCUUGAGACUGGAUGGCAAUUGGUGAGACUGUAUUUUCAGAAGAGCAGAAACCACAGAGGUGAUAGUUUUCCAUGUGAUAGACUUGUAAUAUCAUCAUCAAGUUGUCUAAAUUGUUGGACCUUUUAAUGUAAUAAACAAGUUUCUGCUCCAUAAGAAGACAGUAUCUGUAUGAGGGAGAUAACAACAGCACAACUACUGUGAGGCGCUGAACUGUGUGGCUCCUAAAUGGCAGAUGUAUUUUUGAUCUCUAAAGCCAAUGAAACCAAUUGGACUCUAUUUAUGGAUAUCAAUUUUAUCUGAGGAUUUGAGGGACAGAGCUAAACAUGUGGAAGAAGGAUUUAAGGGCACAAAUACCACAUCGAAGACAGGAGAGAAGAACCACAUAGAAGACAAUGUUGCCUCCAUCUGAGGAAAACCUGGAACCAAGGCCUGUGACCUGCCUGUCAGUUAUUGCCUGUGGUAAACAUAGAACUUAAUAAACUUCUGAUCUAUUGCAAAAACA